AUGGCGGGCAUCGCGGUCAAAUCAACAGCACCCCCCGAAGCCCCCGCCGGCGCCGCGGCCGGCGCCGGCGCCCAGGCUGGCUUCUACGCGCCCCGCGGCGGCGUCAUCGGCGGCCCCGCCACCAUGCGCGUCCGCGCGCCUCCCCAACCGCAGCACCUUGAGCAGUUCCAAGAGGCGGCGCGCCGCGCCGCGGCGGAUGCAGCAGCGCCCGCGUGGCCCGACUGCGCUGUCAGCCCAGCGGCUGUGCAGGCGCUGCUCAGCGGCGGGCCCGGGGCGCUGGCGCGGUGCCGCGAACUGGGCCUCAUCACGGCGCUGCUGGACCACUGGGCGGCGCUGGGGGAGGCGCCAGAGGAGGCGUGGUGGGCGGCGGUGGAGAGGGAGUCGCGUGCGCUCCUGCGGGGCGCGCCACCUCAGCAGGCCGCUGACCUGCUUUCUGCCGCCGCCCGCGCCGGCCGCCGCCCCGGCGCCGCGUGGCUGGCGGCGGCGCAGGACGAGCUCUGCGCCGCAUGGGACCGCGGCGCGGGGCCCUCGCUCGACGCGUGGGCGGCGGCGCUGGGCGCGCUCGUGAGGAUGGGCGCCGCGCUCGACCGCCGCUUCUGCCAGCGGCUGCUCGCCGCCACGGCCGACCAGCUGCGCUCCGCGCCGCCGGCCGCGGCCGCGCGCCUGCUGUGGGGCGUCGCCAAGGCGCGGCUCGCCCCGGGGCCCGCAUGGCUCGCCGCGCUACGCGGCGCGCUGGAGCGCGCAGCGCCGGAGCUGGGGGCGCACCAGCUGGCGGGCUGCCUGCGGUCCCUGGCCAUCUUGGGGGAGCGCGCCGGCCCGCAGGAGGUCCUGGGCGCUGCGGGGGGGCUGCUCGCGCAGGAGCUAGCGCUGCGGCCCGGGGGCGCGGGGCCGGGGGAGCUGGCGCAGGCGCUGUGGGCGCUGGCGAGGCUGGGCCACCGCCCCGCGCCAGGGUCGCUGUGCCCCGUGGACGCGCUGCUGCCGGCGGUCCUGGAGCAGCUGCCACGCCUCUCACCCCCACAGCUCAGCGGGUGA